AUGCUAGCUGGCAUCUUCGAGAUCAUACAGACAGAAUGUAGGCAGCACAUAAACAUUAAGAUCUAUGAAAACAACGUACUGGCCAAGGCAGACAUGCUGGCGACAAGCGCGAUCAAGUGGAUGCGCCAAUUCCGCACCUCUGGCGGAUCAAGCGUGCCAGACGCGUGGGUGCUGAAGAAGCCCAUGCUGGGCAAGGAAGACAGAAAGGCUUGA